AUGGGUUCCGUUGCGCAGAAGCCUGGCACUUUCCUUUUCACCUCCGAGUCCGUCGGUGAGGGUCACCCCGAUAAGAUUGCUGACCAGGUCUCGGAUGCUGUCCUCGAUGCCUGUUUGAGGGAGGACCCUCUCUCCAAGGUCGCUUGUGAGACUGCCACCAAGACUGGUAUGGUUAUGGUCUUCGGUGAGAUCACCACCAAGGCCAACCUGGAUUACCAGAAGAUCAUUCGUGGCGCUAUCAAGGACAUCGGUUACGAUGCCUCCGAGAAGGGCUUCGACUACAAGACUUGCAACGUUUUGGUUGCCAUUGAGCAGCAGUCUCCCGAUAUCGCUCAAGGCCUUCACUACGAUGAUGCCCUUGAGAAGCUCGGUGCCGGUGACCAGGGUAUCAUGUUCGGUUAUGCCACUGAUGAGACCCCUGAGCUCCUCCCCCUCACCGUCCUCCUCUCUCACAAGCUCAACGCUGCCAUGACCGCCGCCCGUAAGGACGGUUCCAUCCCCUGGUUGCUGCCCGACACCAAGACCCAGGUCACUGUCGAGUACGCUCACGACAACGGUGCUGUCAAGCCCCUCCGUGUCGACACCGUUGUUAUUUCUGCCCAGCACACUGACGAUCUCACCACUGAGGAGAUCCGUGCCAACCUUAAGGAGCAGAUCAUCAAGAAGGUCAUUCCCGCUGAGCUUUUGGAUGACCGCACUGUCUACCACCUGCAGCCCUCUGGCCGCUUCGUCAUUGGUGGUCCCCAGGGUGACGCCGGUCUGACUGGCCGUAAGAUCAUCGUCGACACCUACGGUGGUUGGGGUGCCCACGGUGGUGGUGCUUUCUCCGGAAAGGACUACUCCAAGGUCGACCGUUCCGCUGCCUACGUUGCCCGCUGGAUUGCCAAGUCCCUGGUUAACGCCAAGCUGGCCCGUCGUGCGCUCGUCCAGCUGUCGUACGCCAUCGGUGUUGCCGAGCCCCUCUCCAUCUUCGUCGAGACCUACGGUACUUCCACCAAGUCUUCCGAUGAGCUUGUGGAGAUCAUCCGCAAGAACUUCGAUCUCCGCCCUGGUGUCAUUGUCAAGGACCUGGACCUGGCCAAGCCCAUCUACUUCCAGACCGCCAAGAACGGUCACUUCACCAACCAGAGCUUCACCUGGGAGCAGCCUAAGGUCCUGAAGUUCUAA